UGUCGGGCGAAACUUUUUUUUUUUCUUUUUUUUUUAAUGAGGAAAACUUCUCGUCCUGUCGCAGUGUCAGUUGGUCACUCAGUGCAGUGGUCACUUCUGGUGAAAGAAGAAGAAGAAGAAGAAGAAGAAAAAGAAGAAAAAAAGACGAAAAGGUCAAAGUCUUCAUGUUCGCACUUUUUCAGUGUGCUCACAGGUGUGCCCAUGGACUCUCUGUGGUUCCAGCUGGUGGAAAAUGGCACUGGACCCCAGAACAGCAACAGCUGCUUUAGCACCACAGAGGGGAACACAGUUUUGCAAGGCCUUGCUUUUGGUGGUGUCCCUGUUGUGCUGCUGCUCAACUUUGUCUUCUUUCUGGCACUGCUGGUAGUUUUUUCUGGCAUUAGGAAGAAACUGUGGGACUAUGGCAGGCUGGCACUGGUUGCUGAGAACAGAGAUGGUGGUAGGGUCUCUGGCCGAUCAGGUUCAAAACAUCACUACAGCCGCAUGUCAUCUAGUGCAUCCACUACUGAGGAGCAUGAUAAGGGAUUUUUCUCCUGGUUGCCCUUCGUCAUUGGAAUGGACAUGGACAUGAUCAGGGACAGGUGUGGCAUUGAUGCCACACAUUACUUGUCCUUCCAACGACACCUGAUCUUUCUGUUGUUCAUCAUCUGUGUGAUGUCUAUGGCUGUCAUCUUACCAGUCAAUUUGUCAGGGAAUCUACUGGGAAAUGACCCUUACAGUUUUGGAAGAACAACUAUUGGGAACCUUAAGGAAGGUGACAAGCUGUUGUGGCUGCACACCGUGUUUGCUGUGUUGUACUUGAUCUUUACUAUUUUAGUAUUGAGACACCAUACCUCCCAAAUGAAGGAUGUACACAGCGACAUAGCCAGAACUACUUUGUUUGUAUGUGGUAUACCCAAAGAAGCUAGCAAGGAAAGAAUUGAAACGCACUUCAGUGAAGCAUACCCCACCUGUAACGUGCUUGAGGUGCAUCUGUGCUAUGAUGUAGCCAAGUUGAUCCAGCAUUUUCAGGAGAGGAAGCGUGUGGAAAGGAACCUGCAGUACUACAAGAAGAUCCUGGAAUGCGAGGGCAAACGGGAGACCAUUAAUCCCCGUCUCUGUGGAUAUAUAUGCUGUUGCGCAGUAAGCGGCUGCGAAGAGGUGGAUGCCAUUGAUUACUACAGCUCCCAGAAGUCCUGCCUACAGGAGGAUGAGGAACGAUUGAGGCAACUGGUGCCACAGCACCCCCUAGGGAUGGCCUUUGUGACACUGACUUCUGAGAGCAUGGCCAGUUUCAUCUUAAAGGACUUUAAUGCCCUGGACUGUAACGGAGGUGUUGUGUCAGGGGAUGAAGUUAGCAAGCCAGUCAGAUGUGGGUGUAGCCGGGAACCUCAGCCAUCUGCAGACAGUGCCGCAUUAAGAGUUAAUAAGUGGGAAGUCAGCUAUGCCCCUCAUCCAAACAACAUUUACUGGGAGAACCUCUCACUUCAGACUGCCAUUUGGUGGAUACGAUGUCUGGGGUUCAACUUUGUUCUCUUCAUACUCCUGUUCUUCCUCACCACUCCAUCAAUAAUCAUCACCACCAUGGAUAAGUUCAAUGUUACAAAGCCCAUCUACUAUCUCAAUAGUGCAGUGAUCAGCCAGUUCCUUCCCACUUUGCUUUUGUGGUCUUUCUCUGCACUGCUGCCUACAAUAGUCUAUUACUCCACACUGGCAGAGUCUCACUGGACCAGGUCAAGUGAGAAUAUAUCUAUGAUGCACAAACUCUACAUCUUCCUCCUCUUUAUGGUGUUGAUUUUGCCCUCAUUGGGCCUUACCAGUUUAGAUGUCUUCUUUAGAUGGCUAUUUGAUACCAAAUUUUUGUCACAAGGAAAACUCAGGUUUGAGUGUGUGUUCCUCCCAGACCAAGGGGCGUUCUUUGUGAACUAUGUGAUAGCUGCGGCACUGGUGGGCUCUGGGUUGGAGCUGUUACGAUUGCCUGGUCUCCUGCUCUACACAGUCCGAAUGGCACUGGCCCGCUCCGCUGCAGAGAGGAAAUAUAUCAAGCAGAAUCAGGCCUAUGAGUUUGAGUAUGGAGCCAUGUAUGGCUGGACUCUGUGCGUCUUCACUGUCAUCAUGGCCUACAGCAUCACUUGCCCUGUCAUUGUUCCGUUUGGCAUCCUGUACAUGAUGCUGAAACACUUGGUGGACAAACACAACCUGUUCUUUGCCUACCUGCCAGCCUGCCUAGACAGACAGGUGCAUAUGGGUGCGGUUACCCAGGCCUGGACUGCUCCCAUCCUGUGUCUGCUCUGGCUUUACUUCUUCUCUGUUAUUAGAACAGGUUUCAAGGCUGAAACGUCACUUUUCACUUUUGUGGUUCUGUGUGUGACUGUGGGUGUGUCCAUUGCCUACUCUUGUUUUGGGCACUUUAAAUACCUUAGUCCACACAGCUACAAUAAGGACAGUGCUGAGAUCAGCGAUGGGGUUUCAGUGGGUUCCGUGGGCUCGGUCUACCUUCCCAAAGUGCUGCAGGCCUCCUGCCCCACAGAGUCCCAUCAGGAAUUCAAGCAUGAGUCAUAUGGAGCUCUGGGGAGCACCCCAGCUGCAAUCAUUUCUGAACAGGGGAAGGACUCCCAAAUCUAGCUGUGCCAGUUAUAAUCCAGAACUGUGGAAUACUCAGGAAAAAUCAGUCUUCCAGACUGGCUGAAAUCCAAUAGAACUGCUAGAGGGCACUAGUGGGCCAAAUCAAAUCCGAUACACCCAUGCCAAAGUCUGAGAGCAGGGAUUUGUCAAGAAUAGCACAGGUCUGACCCAUUUCCUUAUUUUUGUCUGUUACUGUUUAAACAUAAGAAACUGUGUAUGGAUAGCACUGUGCUGCAGUAAGUAUUCCUGGUUCCUCAUAUUUCUUGUGCUAUGAGUUAGUGUGGCUCAGUCUGUGUUUGCAUGAUCUUUACAUGUUCACUUGACUUUCCUUUGGCGGCUUUGCUUUUUUACACUCCAAAGGUGUGUUUCAGAUGCACUGGUGACACUAAAUUGCCCUUAGUGCGUGUUUGUGUAAUAAAAUGAGUGCGAUUGCCCUUUGGUGGGCUGGUGUCCCAUCUAGGUUGUUCCCUUCUCAAUGCCCAAUUGGUUUUGGGGUAGAUUCUAGGCCACCAUGACCCAAAUUGCACAAAAUGUUGUUGAUGGUGAUAAAUUAAUAAAACUGCACACAGACCAGCUAGACUCUUCUUCCUCUGCAUCAACAGAUAACCCAUAUUGCAUCCAAUUAGUGGAACCUGUUAACUUUCUUGCCUUAGCCCUCUUACUUCCUAACCCUAACAACUGCUCAGAUCUGAGUGCCUCACAGUUUGUCACAUAGACUGUGGGGCAGACUGUAUACUGUAAAACCAUUUCAAAGUUACUACAGAAUAGUACUAAUGAAGGUAUCAUAUUUACAUAUGUAUUUUUUUUAAUACUAAAAAAAGACUUGCAUAAUUAAACUAGGAAUCUAUACCUAGAUGUUAAAAGCUAAAUAGUUUAAAGCUCCACAUUUUGAAUUCAGUUAAUUUUAAAUCAUCCACAUGCAGUGAGCCCCCCCCCCCCCUUCCUCAACAGUGGUUGAUUUUGGUUUAAAUCAAUCAAUAUAACAUGCCACCAAAAAUGUUGCUAUCCAAAAGCAAAUAAAUGGUUAUGUGUUUUAGAUGUGUCUAAGUGUUUAAGUCUGGGACACUUAUGUUUUGAAGGUGUUAGAAAUUAAGCAAGGCUGGACAGAUGACAUUCUUGCUAUUUACAUGAGUUCCAUAUGUUGAGUUGAUGAAUUUUUCCAAAGGCUGCAAUCACCCAUUUCUACAACUGUUUCCAUUUCUUCUAUACAUUUGCCAACUCUUCAUGUUAACAAGUACUUAAGUGAGUGGAGUCCAACAGAAUGUAUAGAAGUUCAGAGCGGUAAGAAUAGAUUAAAAACUAGGGAUUGCACUGCAUCCAGUGUUAGAAUAUUAUUUUGAUACCUUGAAACAAAAAGUCAUGUUAGAAAUAUAAAUAUAUAAAUAGUUAACACUGUUUUAAAGAUAUGGGUAUAUCAACUGAAAAUUCAGGAAACUGAAGGUAGGUAACACUUUCACUAAAUAUACUUAUUUUUAUACCUUAGUGUUCAUUUUUGUCACAUUUUAUAAUGGUAGCUUUUAAAAAAAUUCCCCCCCCCCCCUUACAGAUAGCUUUGAAAUGAGGUCUGUACAGGCUUAUCUUGCAUAACAGAUGGUCACAAGUGCAAGAAUUUGCCCAUGUCAUUGGUAUUGUAAAAUCACCAUAAUGAGCUAUCAUCCUACACAAGCAACACAUUACAGCAAAAUUUUCUGCUUCCUCCUGAAGUGUUGUGGCUUCUGCAUAUUUCAUUUGUAACUUGUGUAUUCAUUGGUUAAGUAUCUCUCAGAAAUCCCAUAACUUUUUUAACGAUAGUGUAAAAAAACCUGCGUAUCAUAGUGAGCUUUAGAGCAAAAAAGUUCUGAAGAAACUGCUAAAUAAGGAUGGAAAGGCAAAGGAAACCCUUGCCUAUUUGAAUUUUGAAGUGAUGACAUGCAUGGUGUUUUCUUGAAAGGCAAUAUUACUCAAUUACCUGUUUGAUUUACUAUUCUUUUAUAGCAAGUUAGGAGGAGCUCAACAAAAGGUGGCUACAAGCAUGAUUACACUAAUGGAGAAAUGCCUGUUAAUAUAGUUAUUUUAUAUAGAACAUUUCAAAGCAGAAUUUUACAAUAAAUGAAGAUAGGGGUUACAACCUGAAAGAAAUUUGUCAUAAAUAUCAAUAUUUAAAAAAAAAAAAAAAAAAACAGAAAAAGAACAACACAAUUCCUCUGUCAAAUGCAAGGUUGUGAUGGUCCAGAGCAUAUCCAGGCAGCAGAGUGUGAAGUGGUUACUCACAUUAAGAGCAAUUUAGAGUCACCAAUCCACCUGAAAUGCAUCUUCUGGACUGGGGGAGGAAACAAAAGCACCUGAAGGAAACCCACAUGAACACAGAAAAUAUGAGGCACCAGCACCUGUGUUGCUUAAGUGAUUUUUGAGCAUGUGGGUGUGAAGUCUGAAUUAAAAUAUGUCCCGAGUAGUUCUGGACUUGGUUUUGAAUUAAAUUUUCAGCAUCUUUUAAAGACAAGAUUUUUGCAUGUUGACCUGAAAAGGGUAGACCUUUGUGCCAUGGGAAUGUCUUCUUUAUCUGUUCCACUGAAAUGAAUGCAACUAGGAGUUUGUUACAGGAGAAUCCACACUACAUGGAGACUUUAGGGAAUGGAUUACAGUACUAUCCUCUUGGGUCGGAAGCCUGUAUUUUCAUUCCAACCUCUGCUGUUAGGUACACCCAACUUUUCCACUAGGGGGCACUGCAGUAUUUGGGCCAAGAACCUACAUCCAACAGUUGCUGUAGCCACGUAGUCUCAGCGGGGGAAACCAUGUUGCUUCAGGUACCUUUUUCAUGAACUGACUUUAAACCUGUGUAACAUUUCUUGAAAUGAAGGCUGCAUAAAAUUCCUGGUUCCCCCACAGCUUAAUUACUAAAUGAAUGACUCCCACAGUUGUGUGUUGUAGUUUGCUACCGGGAAGGCGUUAAUUAAUUGAGAGGCCCUGCUGACUCAGGGAAGGGAGUAUGUCCUCGCUUUGAUGAAAGGUGCAGAUGUGGUUUUCUUCGGAGCACGAACGGGUAGCAUCUCAGAUGAGAGAGGAGCAUUAUGGGGUCUGAAAGGUUCACUCAGGGAUGGUGUCGAGGGGAAUCUGAAAUCCCAUAGCAGUCUCUUUGAAAGUCCCUCAGAAUAUGGGGGAAAAAAACCUUUUUUUUCCCUUUGUUAUUUCCCAUUUAUUACCUGCCGUAUGUACACAAUUCCAUCCUUAUGGUUUUUCACAUCAUCUUCCUGUUGUCUGUGAUUCCUGACCAGUAACAUGGCCGAAAUUGACCAAAGCAGAUAAAACUCUGUGGGUUAUUGUGUAGAAAGUGUUUCUGUGAAAGGGAAAACCUGUCUGACCAGCAGGGCUGUGUGAAACUCAUUCAUUCAGCAGCGCCAUACAAUAUUUUGCAUUAUCUUCCACAACUGAACAGUGACUGUAGGGAACCGAAAGCACAAAUGAAUACUGUUAAUUAUACCCCGCAAACAACAGAUUCUACAGA